AUGGUCUCGUCCAUGUCAGCGCAACGGUCGGGUGCUGGGAUGUCAAAAUUGAUAAAAUGGGUGGAUUCUUCAGAGGAUCUCAAUGGUCAGACUAUCUUGUCAGUGUUUACAUCAUUCUCUGAUCCCGGGAAAGUUCUUGAAUCAAGUUGGGAUGAUUCAUUGAUAAGGGCAGAACUGAGCCACAAAGAUCAUAGUCUGGAUCAGGCCAGAAUCCUCUUGUUGCCAAAAAUGGUCUCACCCCGCUGGGCUAUUGUUAAAAUGGUCUUUGACACCCAGGGUACUAGUAGCGAUUGUUUCGAGGAGCAGAGUGGCAAAUUGUCCAAAGAGUCGAAGAAGACCGCACGACAUGCCUCGCAUGCCUCGCAUGCCGCCUCCAAGGACGUGGCAAAGGGCCAUGCUGUCAAGAGCCGUGAAAAUGCUCUCAAGAAGCACAAGGAGAAGGCUAAAACGAAGUCUGGGACUCGAAAUAUGUUCUUCCAGGACGUGGCAAAGAGCCAUGAGAAGUUAGACCAUGCUCUUAAGAGCUACAAGGAUGUGGCUGACAAGGAGCAGCAGCGUGCUACUGAAGUCUACGAGAAACUAGGUGCUUACAAGAGCUCCAUUGCCAAGCUCAGAAGCCCCCUUCAGCAGAUCACCUCCCAGGUGAAAGAACUUCACACGAAGAUGGCGAAGGUCUUGCAGGCGGAUGAGAAGGAACGCCUGGAGCCGUUGAAUAGCCUAGAAGCAGAACUUGGAAAUGGCAAAACAUGA